AUGCGCUUCCACUGGCGAUGCGGCGCCAAUCCCGAUCCUCCCGACGUGCUCCCAGCUCAUCAAGAUCCUGCGCCGCAGGUGAUUUCGGCUCCGAUCAACAGGCGCUCCCGGAAAUUCGAGAAGGAAGGUCCGUUCGCUGUCGUCCAUGGCGCGCUGCCGGCGCACGCGAAGAAAUUCCAGCAAUUCAGGCACACGUUGCAAGAUUUCGUGGAGUUCGUCCUCUUCCGGGCAAUGCUGCACACGAAGAAGGGAGCGCGGAACUGGGGAGUCUUUCUAUCUGCAUUGGCGACAAUCUUUCUCGUCACGCUCAAACUAGUCUCGAUCGGGCGGCCUCUUCCAACGCAGGCUGGAUUCCGGGUGAGAAUUUCUCGCCUCCUCCUUGGAACUUCUCUGAUUCUUAGCGCUCAAAUUUCACAGGAUCGUCCUUCCAGCGCGAUGCUACGAGCGGUAUCGGAGUCGGAGUUCGCGAUCGUCGAUCCCACACAGAAAAAACUCCUUUCUUCCUGGGCAGGCCGGCAAGAGGUUCGACCAGGAGCAGUGACGAAUGGUUACCUUUUAGUGACUGCCAAUGGCGGACUCAAUCAAAUGCGAACGGGGAUUUGCGACAUGGUUGCUGUCGCUCGGCUUAUGAAUGCGACCCUCGUCGUUCCUGUCCUUGACAAGACAUCCUUUUGGAAUGAUCCCAGCGAUUUCAAGGACAUAUUUGAUGUAAACUAUUUCAUCCACGCGUUAGAGAAAGACGUGUCUAUUGUUGAAGCGCUGCCUCCCUCUCUCCGGGAUGUCGUUCCUUUCCGCAAGGCUCCUGUAUCGUGGUCCAAUGAAUCAUACUAUAGAAACAACAUGACGGCAUUGCUCAAAGAGCACAAGGUUUUGCACCUGACGCAUGCAGACUCGAGGCUUGCCAACAACGACCUUCCAGACGAGAUCCAGAGGCUGAGAUGCCGUGCGAAUUACCAUGCACUGAAGUUCACAGAACCUUUGCAAAGAGUGGCAGACGCGCUGAUCAAGAGAAUGCAAAGUACAGGCCCGUUCAUUGCGCUGCAUCUCAGAUACGAAAAAGAUAUGCUGUCUUUUACUGGAUGUACACACGGUUUGUCCACCGAGGAAGCACGAGAACUGAAGCGCAUGAGAUACGACGUGCGGCAUUGGAAAGAGAAGGAAAUUGACGGCGAGGAGAAACGCAGGCAAGGUGGUUGUCCUCUAACCCCUUACGAGACUGGGCUUUUUCUCAAAGCUCUUGGCUAUCCCGAGCCCACGGCCAUCUACAUUGUCGCCGGGGAAACUUAUGGGAACGGCAGCAUGGCGUCGCUGAAGAAGAUCUUUCCAGGCGUGUACUCGCAUUCGACGUUGGCAACCUAUGAGGAGCUCUCAACGCUCGCCAGGUACCAAAACAGGCUCUCGGCUGUGGAUUACGCAGUGGCUCUUGAGAGCGAUGUCUUCGUGUUCACGCACGAUGGAAACAUGGCCAAAGCGCUCCAGGGACACAGACGCUACGAUGGCUUUCGGAAGACAAUCAGCCCGGACAGGCGAAAGCUGAUUCGGCUCAUUGAUAGCUAUGGAGCUGGGAAUAUGUCUUGGGAUGAAUUUGCGUCUCAAGUGAAAAUGCUACACGAAGUGAGGACUGGAGGUCCAGCGCUAAGAGUUCCCGGUCCCGUCCCAAAGCACGAAGACUAUUUCUUUGCCAACCCGUUUCCUGGUUGCAUAUGUGGAAGAAACAGCAGCGCCAGGGAAGUGUAGAGCGCUCUUUAACUUAUGUACAAAGCCCGGGAAAGUUUUUUCAUGGCAUGGUUAUGGGUCAAUGUAGAUUCAACAUGGCUGAAAUUUUCCA